CAUAUUCCAUCUCCCAGCUGCCUCUUUGGGAAACGGUCCUGUCAACGGAACCCUGACAAUGAUGGCGACGACCCGGAAAAUAUGCAGCAUCGUCGCAGUGGUCAGCGUAUACCUGCAUACCUCUGCAGUAACAUGACGACAUUCAGCCAUGUUGUGGUAUCUUUUGCCCAGGAAGGAAUGAAUCCCAAGGAAGAUUGCAUAAAGUGCACGACGGCAUGUCAAGGACGAGAUGCCCAGGCGCUCAGCCGUCCUUUGCGCCUACGGUCUUGCGCCUAAAAUCCCAUCAAGGUAAUCUACAGGCCGUAUGAAUCACAACCAUAACCAUGGCCAGCUUCAAGUCAAUUGCAGCAGUCGUGGCGACGGCGGCGAUCUGCGUCCACGCCUGCCUGCAGGACAGCCAUGAGAUGCUCCGCCGCACCGAGCGCCGGCUGUCCCGGGCCUCGACCUCGCCCAGCCUCAUCAAGCGGGCCACGGUGACGCUCCCGCCGGUCCUCACGGAAACGGAACGCACGCUGGUCGACUCGUUCGACAACAGCAGCAUCGCAGAGUGGUCGUACUACUACAGCUCCGGCAUGCGCCUGGCCGGGUCCAACAGGUCGCAGGCCGAGUGGACGCGCCAGAUGUGGCAGGACGCCGGCCUCGAGGUGCAGAUUGCAGAGUACUGGAUCACGUACACGGAGCCCAGCGAGAGCUCGCUGCGUCUGCGCAGGCCGGACGGGUCGUCGCACGUCGCGCAGCUGAGGGAGGACGUGUUGGAGGGCGACGAGCAGACGGCGAACCCGGACGAGAAGAUUGCGUUUCAUGCCCUGUCUGGGAGCGGGAAUGUCAGCGCAGAGUAUAUUUAUGUUGGACGUGGCACUCGCGGCGACUACAAGCGCCUUGUAGACCUCGGCGUCGACCUCAAAGGCAAAAUCGCCCUCGCGCAGUACGGCGGGACGAACCGCGGUGUCAAGAUCAAGAACGCGCAGGAGAACGGCAUGGUCGGCACCGUGCUCUACACGGACCCCCUCGAAGACGGGCAAGUCACCGAGGCCAACGGCUACAAGGCCUACCCCGACGGGCCGGCCCGGCACCCCUCGGCCAUCCAGCGCGGCUCGACCCGGUGGGCGUCGCUGUCGUUUGGCGACCCGUCCACCAUCGGCUACCCGUCGCACCGGGACGCCCCCCGCGGCGACAUCAGCGACCUGGGGCCCAAGAUCCCCUCCAUCCCCAUCAGCAUGCGCGACGGGCUGCAGCUGCUGCGCGCGCUCGACGGCCACGGCGUGUCGGGCAAGGAGGCGAACCGCAGCAGCUGGGUCGGCGCCUUUGCAAACCUCAGCUACAGCAGCGGGCCCGCGCCGGGCGCCACCCUCGACAUGGUGCACUUUAUGGAGCGCCGGCUGGAGCCCGCCUGGGACGUCAUGGGUUACAUCAACGGCACCUCGGAGGACGAGUUUGUCAUCAUCGGGAACCACAGGGACGGCUGGACGACGGGUGGUGCGGCUGAUGCCAUCUCGGGCGGCUCCAUACUGGUCGAGAUGGCGAGGGCGUUUGGUAAGCUCAUCGACCAGGGGUGGAAGCCCCGCCGGACCAUCAUCUUUGGGUCGUGGGACGCGGAGGAGUUUGGGCUGAUGGGGUCGACCGAGUGGGUGGAGGACCACCUGCCCGAGCUGGUUGGCAAGGCGGUGGCGUACAUAAAUCUCGACACUGCUGUCUCGGGGCCAAGGACGGCCAUCACCGGAUCGGGAGAGAUUCAGACCAUUGCCAUCGAGCUGAUGAAGAAGGUGGCGUUUCCCGACAAGUACGGCGUCGGGGAGACGCUGUACGACAUGUGGUAUAACAGCACCUCGGGAUAUGUUGGUCCACUGGGGAGCGGGAGUGACUAUGCUGCCUUUUACCACAACGGUAUUAGUUCGCUCGAUAUAUCAGGAGGCCCAGGCAAGGGCGAUCCUGUGUAUCAAUAUCACUCACUAUACGACACAUACGACUGGAUGGCCAACUAUGCCGACCCAGGCUUCCAAGUCCACAAAGCCAUGGGACAGUGGGUGACGCUGCUCAUGUAUCACCUGGCCGACGACCCCCUGAUCCCAUUCGACCUCCCCAACGCCGCCACCACCCUGCGCGCGCUCUUCCAAGACCUCCAAGACGACAUGGCCGAGCUCUUCCCGACCGUCACCGACCUCGACCUCAGCCCUCUCUCCAACGCAAUCGCCGCGUUCGAAAGCGCCGCCGAGCAGAUCGACGCGCUCGCAACCCAGGCGCUGUCGCACAACGACACGGUGCUCCUGGGCGUCAUCAACUCCAAGUACCGCGACUUCAACCGGGGGUACGCCAGCCAGGGCGCCUUGCCGGGCCGCCUGACCUACAACAACGUCGUCAGCGCCCCUGGGCUCGACAACGGGUACGGCGCGAGCGUGUUCCCUGCCGUUGGGGACAGCCUUGACCAGGGGGACAGGGAGCUGGCCGACGAGUGGAUAGUCAAGAGCGCAAAUGCCGUGCUGAGGGCAGCCGAGAUUUUGACGGUUUAGGCUCGGCUACUGCUGUAGUGGUUGACAGGGCGGGUUCCUUUUUUUGGUUUUAUUGUCUUGGCAGGGAGAGGCUUGCGUGGUUUACAAGGCUGACCACGUAGAUCUACCCCGUUGGAACGUCACUAGUGGAGUGGGGAUUUUUAGCUCAGAUCGUCCCGUAUUCGCAUUCGGCCUUGCAUCAUCCUGGAGUGAGUUUCCUCGUUGAAUCAUCUUCCACCUAUAUAGUAUAUUGCGGGUAAAUAUGGAUUUACAUGGAUACCUGGAGCUCGAGGUAGUAUACUGCGGAAUAUCUACGACGUACUUGUCAUCCAACCUUUUUCUGUCCUCCCUGUAACCGCUGAGAUCUAGCUUUUGUUGAUCACAUAAGACAAAACCCUUCAUGCCUAGAAUUUAUACAGAUGUACAUGGGCA